AUGUGUGAAAUACUGAUCAAUGAUUUGGUGGAAGAGUUGAGUGAAGAAAAUAAAAGACUUUUAAAUUUCCCAUUCGCUGGCAAAAAGUGGUCUAAAACACGACUCAUAACUGCACUCAAAUAUGGCAUCAAUUUUGUGAUCCCUUUCCAUACUUUUGAUUUGUUGGAUCAGUUGGACAUCGAGUACAAGACAUUCACUCAACGCAUAAAAGUUGAGAAACAAUUGGAUCCGAAGACACGUCAGACUACACGUAAACAAAAGGUCAGCACUUGUGAGGAAUCAAUUGAAUCAGAAUUGGUGUCAAAAAGUGUGAAAAGUAAUCAACGAUUGAGUACUUCUUCACUGAAGAGGAAUAGGAAGAGAAAUAGCGAUUCAAACGAAACACAACUGAAGAUGGGAUCAAAUAAAAAGACUUCAUCUCUGAAGACAUUUAAAUGUGAUUUCAUUGGUUGUGGAAAAGUCUUCAGACAUAGCAUUAACUGUAAAAUACAUGGAUUCACACACUCUGUGGACAAACGAUUCAAAUGUACGGUCAAUGGGUGUGACUAUAGCUGUAUUCAUCGCCAUCUUAUGAAAGCGCAUAUGAAUAAACACAAUGGCGUUAAACCCUAUGUCUGUACUCAUGAGUCGUGUGGUAAACGGUUUUACCACAAAAAUAAUCUGCGAAACCAUACGAGUAGUCACUUCAAGACAAAGACCUUCAUAAUCGAUAAGCCAUUUGUUUGCGAUUAUAACGGAUGUAAUAAACGGUUUCCUUUUAAACGCUAUCUCUAUCAACACAUAAACUGUUGCCAUACGACACGACUAUAUAAGUGUGAGGAACCCCCUACACCAGACUGCAUAUUCUCACUCAGGAGUGACUUAUCAGUGGCCACCUUCGUGAGCCUAGUCCACAUGCGCACGCUCACCGGGCCGACACUCAUGUGGUGUACAUUGGGCUGUAUAUACGGCAAUCAUACGAGACAACGGCAUAGCACUGGGCACCGGUAUGCCUGUGAGUGGCCGGGCUGUGAGUACCGCACCAAUCGGACGAACUGUCUUAAGACUCACAUGAGUUAUCAUAACACAGACCGACAACACGCCUGUGUUUGGCCUGAAUGUGGCCAACGGUUUAUGACGGACACGCUUUUGAAGAAACAUAUGAUUAAACACUCGGGUCCUCCCAUUCCUUGCGAUUGGAAGGGCUGUCAGUUUAGCACUAAAUAUAAAGGAGCCCUAAGAACCCAUAAGAGACUGAUCCACGGAUUCGUUGUCUGA